CGAUUGCAACACAUUGACAUUCAUCAUCAUCUUAAUGUUUUGUUUUUUCUUGCUCUCGCUAGACCAGUACGGUUUUGUUUUGGUGUUCGGUGCGCGCGUGUGAGAAAAUGUCAGAGGCUGCUAGAUACGCAGCAGCCGUUCGCACACGAGUGAAACAGAUCGGAACGGAAGGGCUAGUGUGAAACCCAGCGGGAAGUAGAACUGUGCAGAACCUGUUUUGUGUCACUUUUCCCAUUGCUCAUGGUUGAUUGGAUGCUGGGCCAGCAAAACAGUGUGAUUAGAUGUUAAUUGGUUGUAAAGUGAUAGGUGGUUUACCAAGCAAGCGACGGUCAAAUCGCAGCAUGCCACCACAAUUAAGCUGAAUCGAAUUUUAGGGCCGAGAAUCGUUUCGCUUGAGUGUGUGUUUUUUAAUGAAAAGCGGUGCAUAAUUAUAGUGUAAAGUGAAUGCUGCGUAAUGGCGGAAUGAAAUCUCAACAUUAGCAGUGUAGUGUUGUUGAGCAGUGGCCAGAAAGUCCAACACAUCGCGGAAUGCCGUCCGUUUAUUUGUAUUGUUAAUUUUUACGACUUUUUGAAAAAGGAGUGUUUGGACAAACACGCAAACACUCUCCCAGAUUGCCUCUCCACAAAAAGAAAACACAACGUCCAGCUAUUAUCGCUUAAAAUCGUUGGCCAAUGAUCGCACUCGUCUGCUGCAUGAUUCAUCGGCACACGGAAAGCUAAUCUUUCGCAUCUCCCGCACGGCGUGAAUACGCGAUUAGGCGAUCUUGAGACGCCUUUGCAAUACAACUCAACCAACCUAUACCCGCAGUGCGCUCCAUCGUGCAAAAUGUGACACAAAACAGCAGACGAUCGAUCGGUCAAACGGUGCCAUCAGUGAUCAAAUCUAGUUUACAAAAACAAGCGAUAUGGAGACGUGUUGGUCUGUUGGCGCAGUUUGGAUGCUGAUAGUAGCGAUAGCAACCGUCCUUCAGUAUACCGCGGUCGCCGGUGUACCGUCCGUCUGUUCCUACCUAUGUACUUGUACGAACCAAAACUUCGCCACCGUUGACUGUUUGUUCGACAGCACCAACAGCAACUGGACGGAUGCUGGGUCUUUCGUGCUCGACGAAAAGCUUCUUCUGCCUGCGAGUGCUACCGCGCUCAACAUAAAGCUGAUCGCCGGUGGCCAGCUCAACAUACGCAGGGAGUUUUUCAAGCAAAACAACAUCAACCAUCUGUCAAUCGAUGGCAGUGAGUCACGGACCGGAUCGUCCGACACGUCCGUACAAUUUCACGAAGGUGCGCUGUGCAACAAUAAUGGCCAGUUUCCGGAGAUCUUGGUUGCAAACGUUGGCCGGCUGGUGCUGCACAGAAAUAUCUCAUGCAGAGCGCAUCUGCUAAACAUCACGCGCGUGAAAGAUGUGCUGCUUAAGACUGAGUUCCUAUCGGUGGACGAGGCGGAAGUGUUCAUCCAGGACGUCAGCAAUCUUCACAUUGAACCGAACGCUUUCGGUGGUUCUACAUCGUCCAGGAUCCAAAUUUAUCGUACCACUAUCGAGAGUCUUCCGAAGCUUGGUGCUUCCUUUCGGCUGUUAAGUUUUAAUGAGUGCAACAUUAGUGAGAUAGUAACGCACGCGUUCGAUGCAAACGAGGUGGAGCAUAUAGAGUUUGUCCGGUGUCGCCUAACGAGCCUGCGACAACGGGCCGUCACCGAGCGAUUGCUUAGCGAUUCGUUCAUUUUCCGCAACUGCUACAUUCACCGUAUCGAGAAACAGUUUGUGAAUGGGAGUGGUUUAAAGAAUUUACUGCUAGAGAGUAACACGAUCAAUGAAAUUGCUGCAGAAGCCUUUACCUUCACAAGUAUUUUUACGAUCGUCACGGGGAACCACGUGAUACGCACCGGGAAGGAAUGGCUACACCCGAAAGAUUGGCAGAACGUAACGAUAACGGGGAAUUCGUUUGGUGAAUUUAAUGGCAUCUUGCUGCGGGAUCGCAGCCGGGACGGUGUGGAUAAGACGAAAGCUCAUUGCUACUUUGGAAACAACACCAUCACCAAUGCGCUGCCGGAUAGUUUUACCUUCGGACAGAGUUGCCAUAUCAACGCCAUCCAUUUCGGCCGUGAGUGCGGCUGUACGUACGACAGUUGGCUAAGGGAGUUGGUUGGUCCGGUUGCGCAUCGUGAUAAGUUGCUAUCCACGAUCACUGCAAGCGCUUCAUGUCAGGUUGAGGAAAGCUUACGGUAUUGCUUUAAUCGUAGCGAAGCGCCAUCGAACGAUACGACCACCGGUGGCUUGGGACAGGUAAAUGUCCAGUAUUUCCUGGCGGAGUUUUGCCAAAAGGAAGGUUCAAAAAAGUGCUCAUCGUAUACUAGCGGUGAGGAGGGAAAUCGCAAACCUCCACCGCUAAUACCGUUCGCUAAGAUAGAUUCGCUAGCCAACGAGGACGAUGAUGGCUUCCUGCUGGAUAAGAUGCUGUGGAUAUGGAUAGCUCUCGCAGCUCUUGCUAUAACCGUGCUUAUACUGUUCACCGUUUGCUUCUAUCGGCGUAGAGUAAACCCAGCGCGUCAAACCAUGACAACACAAUCAUCACUUGCCGGACCGGUCACAAUACGUUCGGCGUCGCUUACUCGAAGUUCAUUCACAGCCUCCGAUCGGCGCAUCAUUGCAAAUGCGCUCGGUUGGAUCAAACAAUCGUACGAUCACAAAAUUUGGAGUGAAAUAAACACUCCAAUGCAGCAGCUACUAGCCCCGUCACCGAACGGUAUUGAGGAGCAGGUCAAGGUGCGACUAAUCGGAACCAUCCUCGAUAGUCUGAAGCGUCACGAAAUCAGUUGCGCUGAAAUCGUUGCGCUGAAUUUCGUACUUCUCCAGCAGCUUGGGCCGCCGCCCCCGGAACUGGUCGAAAGCGUACGGCCAAACAGCGACACCAAUGAUGAGCUGGGACACAUCUACGAUGAGCUGCAACUAAAUCGCACACCGAUGUUCGGGGGCACUGGAACCCAGAACGUCGGAUUGCUGGGUGACUAUGCAGCACCGUUAGAUCACGGUGGAAUGACCGUUGUCCCCGAGGGCAUUUACUCCGAACCCGUGCUGCAUGAUCAGCUGUUGUUGCAGCGAAAUGGUGACAAUCGGAAUCUCAUCAGUCCGUACGCGAUCGGAGAUGCUACGAUGCAACGGAACCCGAGUGCGACGGAAGGGAACCUGCCGGAUGUUAUUCUGCUACGUCGACCGCCCGGGAACGUACCGUGGAAGGCGCCUAGUGAGGAGGACAAUGAUGAUGAGGACGAGGAUGAAAUUGAUGGUGAAGCGGAGCGUAAAACGAUGCUUCGUCCAGCGGACGGUGGGGACGGUAGCACCGGCCCAACCUACGCGAUAUCGAUGAAACAACUAAAACGGCCCCACAGGGGUAAUACAACACCACCACCACCACCAGCAACACUACCAUCGGACAGUGGUGAAGAUCAACCGGACGGGACCGAUGGUAACCGGUCGGAACAUUCCGGCAGUAGCAUGCAAACGGUUCGCAUCGAAGAUAUGACCCUUGCAGACGACAGCAAUGAGCAACAACGGCAAUAA